CAUCCUUCGAAUAUCAGCACAGUGCUGCUAACGGCUAAAGCUAACGAGCCAAACGGCGGCCGGUGUGUCGUAGGUCGGUGUUUGACGUCUUUAUCUGUGGUGAAAUUAGUCCUGGACCGCGAUACACUUCUCUCGUAUUUGUCUGGGAUGUAUGGAUGGAUAGUGGACGGAAUCUCGUCGCUGUUUGAGCCCGUUACGGGGAAAGGUAACGUGAGCGAGGAGGUACCUACGCGACCUGGCGUGGAAGCGCGAGCGCAGGAGAGCCACAGCAGACCAGCGAAACGGAACUACCAGAGUGUUGAUGUUGCAGACGGUGUUUGCCAGAGUGACCAGGUAGAGGCGAAAAGACGGCGGCGAGAUGUAGUCAUCAGCUUUGUGAAGAAGACGGUGGCCGGAGUAGCAAACCUGCUCAGGCUGAAGAACCCACUGACGACCAAGUGUGAGAAGCCCGGACAUUAUGAAGACACGCAGCCUGUUACUCUGAUGGGAAUCGAUGAGCUCCACACCUCGUGGCUGAACAGUACUGAGUGGAGAAUGAGUAAACCAGUAGCCGGAGUGAAUGACAGGAGCGGGAAGAAUCCCUUUCAGAGCUCCUCGCCUCCUUUAAUGAGGAAAUACAGCGGAGCAGGGCUGUCUGCGGGGCUCCCCGACAGGGAGAGGAGAGGCUCCCUGCAGCUGCUUCCCUCCAGACCUGCUCUGAGGGUGGGAACCACUAACCCCGAUCUGAGCUGCAAUGGCUUUGGGCACCACCGCUGCUUCAAGCCCAGUCUAACUGUGGAAGAGGCCAUAAAGCAGAACAAUAAAGAGCACUACAGGCGCCUGCUGGAGAUGGUCUCGGAGAAGUACAGCAAAAGCCAACCACUACCCUUCAACCAAACAAAACCGCAAGAUGAGUCACUUUCACAGGUUGAUUACAAAACUGCUGCUUCAGGAAAAGCCUUUGAAUCAGUGUCCAGGAAGACGGGAUACACGGCUUCCCCAAGCGUGUUUACAUGGAGAAAUGCAUCUGCACCCAAGGACAGGUGGGGUAGCUUGACGUUUAGUAAGACUUUCAGUGGAUUCCUUGAGGACACACAGCCUGUUAGAUGUGCUAAGCAGAAACAGGCAGAAGAUUUGGACCUUUCCACAGAAGUAGCAACUCGCCUCAAUCUAGUGGACCGAGAGACUCCUGCUGUCAGUCUCCCAGACACACAUUCUGCACAUACAAGGCACAGUGAUGAGGACAUACCCAGGCUGACCAAGGAAAUGGCAGCGGAGGUGAGUAGUGCUCUGGCUCAGAGCGAUCCCAACCUUGUUCUCAGUGCAGCUUUCAAACUACGCAUCACACAAAGAGACCUGGCCACUCUGCAGGAAGGCGGCUGGCUCAACGAUGAGGUGAUUAACUUCUACCUGUCCCUGGUCGUGGAGCGAGGCUCCGGUGAAGCGGCAGCAGCAGGAUUGAAAAUCUACUCGUUCAGCACCUUCUUCUUCCCAAAGCUGCGAGGUGGAGGAGGCGGGCAGGCCGGAGGACACACGGCUGUGAAGCGCUGGACCAAGGCUGUCGACCUUUUCCUCUACGACCUCAUCCUGGUCCCUCUGCACCUUGGCGUCCACUGGGCAAUGGCUGUAAUUGAUUUUAAGUCAAAGACGGUGAGGUCAUAUGACUCGAUGGGACAGAGGCACGAGGACGUCUGUAGUCUUUUACUACUCUACCUUAGAGAGGAGCACAAAGCAAAGAAAGGUAGAGAGCUGGACAGCCCCAAAUGGACCGUUGGAAGCUUGAGGCCCACUGAGAUUCCCCAGCAGAAGAAUGGCAGUGACUGUGGCGUUUUUGUCUGUAAAUAUGCUGACUAUAUCGCAAAAGGAAGGCCUCUCACCUUUAAACAGUGCCACAUGCCUCUCUUCAGGAAAUUGAUGAUUUGGGAAAUCCUCAAUCAGAAACUGCAAUAGAGGAUCACAACAAUCUCAAUGAACCGCCUAACAACAGUGACUCUCUAAACGGGAGCAACAUCUGUGUACAGUGACUACAUGGUGAAGAAAAAUAAAUGAAUGGGCCAAAGAAGUGGACUCAACUGACAGAAAUCUAACCCAGUGUAGCUGUUCUUGUCUGGAGAAAUGAUAACGCUAGUCUUAAGAGGUAGUUAUGUCGGGGACGUAUUGACACUUUGUAAUCUCUGAGUUGUAAUUGGAGACAUUAUCGGGAUGGAAGAAGUGUCGGUAUUACACAACACGUUAGCACUACUGACUGAAUGGCUUUUUUUAUUGACUUUGGAUUGUUGGGUUUUUCUGUUUGAAGUUCUGCCGGAAGUGCCUUCAGCCCUUUAACACUGAACUCAACUUAGAGCAAUGCUUUUGCAUAUUUUUGGAAAUUGCUUGGUCACAUACAACUCCAAAGCCUGAUUUAGAAUUUGUUAAAUUGGAUUGUUGCAGUGAUAUGUUCUUUUCCAAUUAUGAUCAACAGAGUGGACAGCAACUAACUAUUAUGUUAUUUAAUCAUGAAAGUCAAUCUCUCUGUAAAAUAGACGAUGAAAAUCAAAAUACCUCCUUUCCGGUCCCCUUUUGAGACAAAAUAUGCAUUGUUGAAUGCUUGUAGUAUGAUUGUUUUGCUAUUAUUUAUGACUUGACUGGAUAAGAAAGUGUUUUGGAAUGUGUUUGUUUGUUUUUAUCCAUGUGAGUGGAGCAUUAAUAGUUGUUUCCCCACAUGUAACUUAAGGCGCUGUUACUUCUGUGAAUCUUUUCCAUGAGCAUAUUGCAAGAGGCUACUUAGGGCUAUUACAUCUGCUUACAGUAUAGUAUACUGCAUAGCACUCUACUGUACACACAUGCAUGUUUGAGUUCAUGCUUUAAAAAUGUGACUUUUCUUUUUUUUCUUCUCCCUGUAAUAAAGUAUUUCGUUUUGAUAUAUUAAAUGACUCCUGCAGUGCUACUAAAGGCUUCAACUGGAGCAGGAUGGUGUCUGCUAAAGUCUACAUUACAAUAAAUUGUCACAUUUACUCUAAAUAUUACAUUACAGAGAGCGAGCAUGCAAUUUGUACAACUUCUGAGAAUCAUUAUGGGGCAAUAAACCUGCAGUAAAAGGUUCUCCUUUGUAUUUUAUACAAUACCCCAGUGUGUAUUUGUAUGUUGCAUAACUGUAUUAUGUGAGAUCUGCAUACACCUCGCGAGAGCGAGUUCAUCAAGCCGAUUUGUCAUAAUUUUUAUGGAAAAUUCUCGAUUUUUCCUUCAAUGACUUCCGUGUAAUGUGACCCAGCGUUUCUUACAGUGUAGAUAUGAAACGUCCCAAAAUGGCAUUUUUUUUUUGCUCAACAAAUAUAUUAUUAAACUUAGUUAAUACUUAUUUAUUCGGCCUUUAUAUAACAUGCUUUUCGAUCAAAUAAAUGUUAGAGCGAAAUAUGCAGCUUUUAUUGUGAAAAACCAGAGCAGGAAACCGACUGCUUCGCUGACGUUACGUCAUUAGUCUACUUAAGGCUAGCUCGUGCAGAGCCAACGUUUGCUGCGCGCUAAAUUUUUGCGGGCGAUACAGUUGAAUAACUCUUGUUUACCACGUGCUUUUUGCUCAUCUGCCGUCUAGUAAUAAUAACAUGAGCGACACCGAGAAAGAGUUCAGGGAGCAGGUGAGUUGUGAUUAGAAGUUGUGCUAACAGCUAGCUAGCUUAGAUGUUAGCUGCGUCUGCAGGUCAGUUAAUGGCAGUAAAUACGUUUUGAUAACAGGCCUCAAACCUGAGUGAAAUGUGUCUAUAUAGCGUUUAUUUGAGUAACGUUAACUAGAACAGUAGUUAGUGUUUAGUAAAUGUCAAAAAAGAUAUAACGUUGAAGCCUACGGCCUACAAAGCAUAGCAGAGAUGUAACGUUAGCUGAGAUGUAACGUUAGCGUUAGCCACCCGUGCGCUUGCUUUGCUACUUUAAACUUACUGACUUGUUACGUAACCUUAACUAUAGACAUAUUGACUGCCGGUAAACAUUAAAUAAUGACUACAAGUCAAUAUUUAAUGGCUGUAAUGUUAAUAUUUGUAUCCGUACAAAGUCAUUUAGGUCCAGUCAAGCUAACCUAGACGUGUAACGUUAUUCAGCUAAGCUAAUGUAUGUUGUUUUUCCUGUUUUUUUUAUUUAUUUGUGUACCUUUUGGCUCUUACAGAAACCAACUUGCCUUAUCACCCUUGUUUGUUCUUUGUUAAGGUUGAGGUUGGAAGAAAGAAAAAGGCGGAAGACGUGUCAGAUGUGAAGUUGUUAUUAUUUGGCGCUGAUGGUGUUGAUGCAUGCUAAUGUAUUGGAUGCU